CAGUUCGCCUCCAUCACCAGUCGAGCCCACUGACAGAAAACACCUAGAAACGAAGCGAGCCUCACGAUUUGUGGAAAUAUGUAGUUAAAUCGUACAGUCCGGCUUAUUUCGACAACAGGGGGUUUGGUGGAGCUGCACUGUUACAUGGGAAGCUAACAUGGGAGGCCAUGAUGAUGAAGAUAUGCCAUAUGUUGUGAAUAAACAAAAACAAGAUGAAGAGCUAAAGAACAAGCUGAAUGACAGCAGCCACUGGUGCGACCAGGACUCUACUGGCAAUAAUGCCAAGUGGGUCAAAGAAGGCCGGAACCAGCUGCGGAAGGAGGCAGAAAACCAACAGGACCAGGACCACAACUGCAAUAUCAGCCAGAAUGGGAACAAUGAUGACUUCCCUCACCAGAACACCACUCAGGAAGAACAACAGGGAAACGAGGAGCAAACCAAGUCUCCCAAAAUAGCAAUGACCCCUGGCCUCAGUCAGGAGGAGUCCAAGAACAUCCUUAAUGAGCCAUUACUCAUCAACACUCUGGAGUCCAACGAAGAGAAAGAUAAAGAGAGAGCAGAAGAUGAUAAAGAGAAGGAAAAGACAUCUGAGGAAGACGAAGAGACAUCAGGUGAUACCAGAGGCGAGAUGGAGACAACAGAACAGAGUGAUGUGGAGUCUCAGAGAGAGGGCAGUGUUGUGGGAAGAAAUGCCUGCCUCCUGUUCUCCAACAUGAAUGGCUCACCAAAUGAUGAAGAGCCCAGCUGGCCUGCACUGUCUCAGGACAACACAGCUGACAGCUCUCCAAAUGGCAACAGAGAGUCCUUUUGGGAUUCCAGUGCCUUUGAGACGGACACAGACCUGCCUUCAGGAUGGAUGAGGGUGCGGGAUACAUCAGGAACAUACUACUGGCACAUCCCCACAGGCACCACCCAGUGGGAGCCUCCUUCACCCCUGGGUAAAGUUGGCGACUCCAUGAUGUCCUCGACUAUGUCCCUGGAGACAACCCCCUGUGAGGAGACUGAGGAAUCCUGGGCUCACCUCUCCAGUGCAGAGGAAGGAGUCGGUGAAGGGGAACUGUGGAAUGAGGAGGGAGAGGUUACAUCUGAUCAAAGUCUGAAGGAGUUUGAAGGGGCAACUCUACGCUAUGCAUCCAUCAACCUGAAUUACAAUUGCUCCCAGUCUGAGGAAGAAGAGAAGCUCGCUCCUCUCUGCACAGAUUUAGAAACUAAGUGUUUUGCAGUGCGUUCCCUGGGCUGGGUAGAGAUGUCUGAGGAGGACAUGGUACCCGGCAAGAGCAGUGUUGCUGUCAACAACUGCAUCAGGCAGCUCUCUUAUCACAAACACAACCUUCAUGACACUGCCGGUAUCUGGGGAGAGGGUAAGGACAUGCUGAUGGUGCUGGAGAACGACACUAUGAAACUGAUCGAUCCACUGGGCCAGACUCUGCUUCAUGCUCAGCCCAUUGGCAGCAUCCGUGUUUGGGGUGUUGGCAGAGACAACGGCAGGGAUUUUGCUUAUGUGGCUCGAGACAACCUGACUCAAGUUCUGAAGUGUCAUGUUUUCCGCUGCGACUCACCUGCCAAGAACAUAGCCACCAGCCUACAUGAGAUGUGUUCAAAGAUAAUGCUGGAGAGAAAGGCGACCAAGCCAGGGGUGAGCAGGCUCAGCUCGGACCCGGGUAACCCUGUGGUCGUCCCUAUUGAAGAGUUUCCUGCUCCGAAAAAUGAACUCUUCCAGCGCUUCCAAGUGUAUUACCUUGGUUGUGAGGCUGUGGCUAAGCCAGUUGGUAUGGAUAUAAUCAAUGACACGCUCGAGGCAGCGAUCAAUGGCAAAUGUAAAAAUGACUGGACCCCCGUUUCAGUGAAUAUCGCACCAGCCACCCUCACAAUACUUUCAAAACAGAGUGAGGAGGUGCUGUCAGAGUGCAGGGUGCGUUUCCUGUCUUUCAUGGGUGUGGGAAAAGACGUCCACGCCUUUGCUUUUAUCAUGGCGGAGGGUCCCCAAGAUUUCACCUGUCACAUGUUUUGGUGCGAACCCAACGCAGCCAGUCUGAGUGAGGCUGUACAGGCCGCCUGCAUGCUUCGUUACCAGAAAUGCUUGGAUGCACGUCCGCCCAGCCUGGCCUCCUGCCUGCCCACUCCUCCUGCUGACUCUGUGGCUCGACGGGUCAAGAAGGGGGUGCAGAGUCUGCUGGGCAGCUUUAAGAGCUACAGGUCAGGCUCUCAAUCCCCUUGAGUUGGAGUGAAGAUGAUGCGCAGUCCAUUACACACAAGGUCCAUCACCACAGCUCCUUCUCAAUGUCACUUCUCCCACUCUCAUCCGUCUGCCACAGUUUCGCCUUACGACCGUUUCACCUGUCUAGUCACUAGUCUAGUGUGUGGAGUAGUUUGUGGGGAAAAUAUGUGUGUGAAAAGAUCUCAUUUUUACUUUAUACAAGAAUUUUAAACUCCCAUCACCAAACAGAUAAAACCCUGGCAUCUAUUGCUUUUUUUCUUUGCUGGGAUUCUUUCUGUGAGUCUUAACUAUUUUUGUGUUUUAACAGAAACAAUGCUAUGAAUGUUGGAUAUGGAUGUAAUAUAUAUUUACAUGCAGAUGCUAGAA